GCUCGGCCCACGAGCGCCUGGCCUGCGACCCCAACACCAAGUUCGCCGCCCCGGCCGGCGGCAAGAGCUGGAUCGCGCUCAUCCCCAAGGGCAACUGCACCUACAGGGAGAAGAUCCGCACCGCGUCCCUGCAGAACGCCUCGGCCGUGGUCAUCUUCAACGUGGGCGCCAGCACCAACGAGACCAUCACCAUGGCCCACGCGGGUGUGGAGGACAUCGUGGCCAUAAUGAUCCCUGAGCUGAAAGGGCGGGAGAUCGUGAGCCUCCUGGAGCGGAACCUCACGGUCACCAUGUACAUCACCAUCGGCACCCGAAACCUGCAGAAGUACGUGAGCCGCACGUCUGUGGUGUUUGUGUCCAUCUCCUUCAUCGUCCUGAUGAUCAUCUCCCUGGCCUGGCUGGUCUUCUAUUACAUCCAGAGGUUCCGCUACGCAAAUGCCAGGGAUAGGAACCAGCGUCGACUGGGCGAUGCAGCCAAGAAAGCCAUCAGCAAGCUCCAGGUCAGGACCAUCAAGAGAGGCGACAAGGAGACAGAGCCCGACUUCGACAACUGUGCCGUCUGCAUCGAAGGCUACAAGCCCAACGACGUGGUCCGGAUCCUGCCCUGCCGGCAUCUUUUCCACAAGUCCUGUGUUGACCCCUGGCUUCUAGACCACCGCACCUGCCCCAUGUGCAAGAUGAACGUUCUUAAAGCCCUAGGGAUCCCGCCCAACGCCGACUGCAUGGACGACCUGCCCACUGACUUCGAGAGCCCGGCAACCAACCAGAUCACGGGCGCCAGCGACACCACCGUGCACGAGAGCUCGGUCACCUUGGACCCCGCCGUCCGGACCGUGGGCGCCUUACAGGUGGUCCAGGACCCAGACCCCGCCCCGCCAGAGGGAGACGCCAUCUUCACCGCUAACAUCUUUGGCAUUAGGCACAACAGCCGGCGAGGACCCAGAGACCGGCGGCCACGCCCACGCGCUUGGGCUUGCGGACUUUUGAUGGCGCUAAAUUCUCCUGGAAAAGCGAAGGUGAUUCCAGGUCCUAGGUGCAGACCUGGGUCGUCGAGGCCUUUCGUUGCAAACCCUGCCGGCUCUGAAGGAACCUCUGGGCGCAGUCUCUCUGCCGCCUCCAGGGCUUUCCCUGGACCGCGUGGACAAAGCCACCCCGCCCACGCUGCUGUGAAGAGCCGCUGGCUCGGUGCGGCCUGAUAAACCUGUGAAUCAGGGGCACACAGACAUCUCUUGAGACGCCCACGGGUCCAGCCAGAGCCCGGGCCAACAGCCAUGGAGAAGGAAGCCGCCAACUCAGGUGCGUCAGCCCCAGUUACCAACGUCACCGAGGCUGCCCCCGACCCGGGCGGGGGUUCCCACGGCAGGACGACGCGUACCAUAGAAACCAAAGACGGAUCGCCAGCCAGGGGCGCCCCGCCUGCCCUGACAGCGUGAGCUGCUGGCCCCUGCAUUUCUCAUGCAGCGAGGGCGGGUCGCCCAGUCCAUCAGAACUAUAAAAAGCUCCCCCAGGCGCCUCCGCGGGGCUGGCGAUUGACCUCACCGAAUCCAGAAGCUGGAACACGAAUGUCCUGGGGUGUCUCGCACCACGGCAUCCGCAAGCCAGUGUUUAGCCCCCUUUCCCUCAAAAGUUUCAGACAAAAUUCAGCAAACUGUUGAACACAGAACCCUGUUCUCUUUGAGAAUGUGAAGAUUUGAAGUAGCCAAAGAAUGCGCACCUGUAAGAGCCAGGUAGUUACGGCCACCCCGUGCAGGGAGGCGGCUGUGGCGCACUGAGGCACUGGUGCAGUCCCACCCUGGCCCUGCCUCUGGGGCGCGGGCCGCGGGCCGCAGGUCAGUGCGCGGGCGCAGGGCGCCCUCUGCUGGGGAUCGCAGGGCGCACGCAGCGAGCGGGGUUCACCUUCCACUCCCGCAUCUUCCGCCCCCCACUUGCCUGGCCUCCCUCCCGCAGAGUCCUCAGUUGAGAACUUGGUCCACGUUUAUCAGAAGAGAGAAAGUGUCACAAACGGAUGGACGGCGGCCCCCACUCCAGCUCUGCUCGCUGUCGGCAGCCCCUGGCUGGAACGUGGACCUGACGCUCCCCGCUAGGGCGGGUGGUUUUGUAACUUAACUUUAUUCUGUCCAGUAGCCAGGAAGGUCACUAAACAAGCUUCUUUCAUAUGAAUGUAAAUGGUGUGAAAUACGGACAUGUUUUGUACAUGUACAUAAUAAUAUAUUUCCUUCCUGCUUUCACAUUAGAAAACUGAAAUGGUUGGACCGUUUUAUAAUUAGAGAUGAGGGGG